AUGUCAUGCAGCAGGCUGCUGUUUGCUGCUGAUGCUGCUGAGCUGCAGAUCUUCAGUCUGAACAGAGAGACCGAGCAUCACUGCAGGGUGACAGGCGUGGUGGACUUGAACCUGUGCAACAUUCGGGACAUGGAGGUGAUCGAGCUGAGCAAGCGGGCAAGCGGCCAGGCCUUCGAGGUCAUCCUGAAGCCGCCCACCUUUGACGGCGGCCCCGAGCUGAGGGCAACCACGCCGCCACGCCAGAAACCCUCGCUGGAAGAGAUCCAGAAGAAACUGGACGCCGCCCAAGAGAGGAGGAAGUGUCACGAGGCAGAGCUGCUGAAGCACCUGGCCGAGAGGAGGGAGCACGAGCGUGAAGUCGCUCAGAAAGCUCUGACCAAAGAGCGUCAGGGGCACAGAGCCGACGCCGACAAGGAGCAGCGGCAGAUGCACCUGAACGCCUCACAGGAGCGGCUGCAGGAGGAGGACAAGCACAGUGUGGAGGUGUCUUGAUGGCCUGAUCACAACACAAGCUGAACUUUAAUUGGAAGCCAUUUUGGAGGGCUGAUGAGCUGAAGUUUGAUGUGCUGGAAAUCCGGCGCUGCUCCAACUGGGAGACUGACAGGAAGAGACUCUGAAAAGAGCAGGAGAAGAAGAAAAUGAGGAGGAGGACUGCGCGCAAGUCCGACUGCUCGACCUCCUCUGUACAACCAGGACUCUUCUUAACGAGAUAAACUCUUUAUAAUGAGAAAGACUGAAGGACGCUGUAGAUUCAGUCAUCAUUAGAUGGUUCACAGAGGUUUUACUGUGCUUUGUUGCCAUGCCAACAGUGCCAAUGUGUUCAUGUGUGUGAUUGUGUACGUAUCACGGAUUCUUCACAACAUCUUAUCAAAGUUGCACCAACCAAACAAAGGAAAUGGAACGCAAAACUUAAAGGAAACUGCUUCUUCUAUGUCAAACCGGCAGAAAAACACAGGCUGGACUUCCUCAACCUGCCAGGAGAGAGGAAUAUGGAGACCUGCUACCUGGAUGUACAGCUGAUCAACAGCUCCAUCUGCUGGACAGUUUGCAUCAUUACAGUUACUGCAAAACCACAAGAAAGAAUUGAUCAGUUACGUUGGUGACAUCUAGUAAAAUCAGCAAACUUUCUCACAGGGGUACAGUCAAGGCUGCCUUAUCAAAGACAAGUCUCAGCAGUUUUGGGUCAAGGCUGAGUCCUAGUACAGGCGGAGACCAAGUCAAGACCAGGAAAGGCUUAAAACAAGUCAACUGGACUUGGUUGAGACCAAAGACCGUUAUAGGAGAAAUUAGUGUCCGAGACAAUUUAAAAUGCAGACAAGAGAGAGACGAGUCUGAGUCAAAACAGCCAGGAGACCCUAAACAAGUCCGGCUGAAAACACCCACCAAAGCAAGACAAGUUCAGGUCUAAACACUCGCUGAGACGAGCCCAUAUCAGAAAACAUUAGAGUCAAACAAUUCCAGAUGAAAACACCCACAAUACCGAAAACAAGUCAGAGUUAAUACUAGGGAUGAGCGAGUACAGCAUUAUCUCUAUCUGUACGUAAUCGGAGGGUCUUAAAGUGGGCAGAACUAACCUUAACUAGCCGGACAUGAAACAUUUCAAUCUGAAAAUGAUCCGGGUUGAUCAGACAUUGAUGCUUUGGAGCAAUGUUUCUGAUCAUAAGAGUGAGUAAGUAAUAUUGACACAUUUUACUCUGAUGAUACUCAUAUAAAGUACAUUAUCUUUACCUGUACCUCCUCCCAGCUCCCAAGAACCACCAGGAACAAAGAACUUUAACCCCUUUUAAAAAGUUUUUUUGAAUCUUUCAGCUUUAGUGUGAGCUAACAGCAACACAAAAAAACAAAAGGAACUAAAGUAGAGUAACCUUACCCUAACAUACUCAAAUCAAAGACAAAAAAAGACAGGUCACUAACCUAACUCAUUAUCAAAAACAGGAGAAAAUGGUUAAACAUAAAUGCUACCCACCCCGACCUAACCUGGGCUGUAACAUCUGUACACACUGAACAAACCACAAGCUACAGGUACCACAGCAGAGAGAUCCACAGCACAGGUACAGAGGAGAUUAAAGCACACACAGAAAUAGAAAAAGUUCUUACGACCUGGGUCGUAACAGUACCGGACAGUCAUUACAGACAAGUACUCGCUCAGCCCUAGUUCAGACCGAGAUACAGAGACAAAUUCAGAUUGAAACACACAAAACAUCCACAAGACAAGUUUGAGUCAAACGAGAAACAGAGAUGACUCCGAGUUACCUAAAACUAUACAAAUCUCUCUAGCCCUGCUUUCACAGCUCCUAAAUGUUAUUUAUCAGAUUCUAUAUUUAGAUCUGUCUCAUUUUUCUGAAUAUCAGGACAACUCACUAAAAUCAGCAUGCUAGCAUUUAUGCAACUAUUCUAUAUUUCCUUACUGUGUACAUCAAGAAUUAACAGCUAGGUAGCUCAUGUGGCUACAGUAGCUAUAUCACCGGUAACUUACCUUUCCAACAAUCAAUAUAUCAACCGCCUGCUGAUACGAAUGAAUGAAUUUUAGUGAUGAAUGCCUGAGAAGCGAUUGUGUACAUUGUUUACAGCUACAGUGGUGUGUGUGUGUGUUUGACUGGCAAUGUCAUUGUAAAGGAGUCAGGGUGGGAUGUUGAUGUUGAUGAUGAUGAUGAUGAUGAUGAUGACAAUGUACAGAAAUCACA